AGCUAAAUGUAUAUUAUAAAAUUACAGAGACAAUGUCUAUUUCACGACGAAAAACGUGAAAAAAACAGAAAAAUGUAUUCGUACAGUGCCUGUGUAGUGAACUGUCGAGUGAGGACCAUACAAUCCCUUUGUAAGUGCACACCAUUUUACCUACCUGUGUCAUUAAAAGGAGGGAGGGUGUGCUCAUUCGAUAAUCUCAAAUGUCUCAAUAAAUAUAAAGAAAAGCUUUUCUACUUAUACCCGAUGGGUGAAACAAAUUUUGAUGGACUCGAGAUAGAGGCGGUGGACUCGCUAAACUGCCCUGAAUGUCUGCCGGACUGCGAACAUACGCAACACUUCACCGAAUAUAUAAAGUUUGAGACAAAGCCAAAUAGUUUCAAGGAUAAACUAUUACAUAAAAAUGUAAUUAGGAACGUUAAUACUACGGGAAAAUGCAUGAUAAGCAUUUAUCAAUCUACACAUUAUGGAGUAUUAAACCGCUUGGAUGUUGUAUCUUAUUGGUUUGAAGUUGUUAGUAACAUCGGCGGCUUUUACGGCGUUCUCAUCGGUUACUCAAUAUUAUCUAUUCCUGAAAUAUGUUACUUUUUUAUAUUUCGGUUUUCAGUUCGCAUAUAUAAUUUCUAUGCAACAUAA